UUAUUUUAUCUUAUUUCUUGUUUCAUCCACAAUUGCUUUGCAAAAGGCAUAUUGAUUACAUUAAAUAAAAUUAAUUUUUAAUUAAAUUUUUACUAAACUAAAACGUUUUUUCCCCCCUUAAAAAGUGAAAAUCAUUAAUAAACUUUUGUAAUUAAUAAUUGUGCACAAAAAUAAUGGAUGCGGAAAACGCCCAAACAUUAAAUUUGCCAAAUGGCGACGUUGUAAAAAAACCAUUUCUAAUUGGAGUUGCAGGCGGUACGGCCAGUGGUAAAUCGACAGUAUGCAAGAAAAUUAUGACCGAAUUGGGUCAAACCGAUAUGGAACAUGAUCAACGUCAGGUCGUGACCAUUAGUCAGGAUAGUUUCUAUCGUGAAUUGACUGCCGCCGAAAAGGCUAAAGCUUUUCAGGGCCUCUACAAUUUCGAUCAUCCCGAUGCUUUUAAUGAGCAGCUAAUGUUUGAAACAUUGCAAUCCAUAUUGAAGGGUGUUAAAGUGGAAAUUCCAGCCUAUGACUAUAGGACAAAUUCAUUAGAUUAUGAAAAUAAAUUGACUAUUUAUCCAGCUGACGUUGUGCUAUUUGAAGGCAUAUUAGUGUUUUACUUUCCCAAGAUAAGGGACUUGUUUCAUAUGAAAUUAUUUGUGGAUACUGAUUCCGAUACACGUUUAGCCAGGAGAGUGCCCCGUGAUAUCAAUGAAAGAGGACGUGAUUUGGAUGCGGUAUUAACCCAGUAUAUGACAUUUGUUAAGCCUGCUUUUGAAGAGUUUUGUUCACCGACUAAAAAAUUCGCCGAUGUUAUUAUACCCCGGGGAGCUGAUAAUACAGUUGCCAUUGAUUUGAUUGUUCAACAUAUAAGAGAUUUCCUCAACAAUCGUUCGUGUCAUGGUUCCACCAGCAACAUUCAAAUGGUCAUGAAUUUAGAUACACUUAAUGCAGGAGGUAAGACUACUAGUGGUAUUUUAAAGGCUAACACUUCUACUGUUCCUACUAUUAGUCCUACCAUAUCUAACAACACAACUAAUGCUAACCUGGGAUCCUUUUCUCGACCACACUGAUAAUAUCUGUAAAGUAAAAGCUUACUAUGCAAACAAUCAACACCACCACCAAAACCAGUCACCAGUUAAGAAAAAGCUCAAGAAAACGUCUAAAGACAACGACUUGGCGUAAAUGUUUCUUAUCGCCCGCCUCUCACUAACCAACCAACUAAACACCCAUUCACCAAAAUUUUUUAACAUUGCAUCACAACUUCAAUAUGCUAAUAACAAUUGCAACAAUGACCACAGCGUUUUGGCGUAUUUUUAAAAUGUUUAUAAAUGUGUGUUUCCUUUAAUAUGCAAAUUUUUCUAUAUUUUAAGAUGGAAAUUCGUAUCAAGCUAUACGAAGAUUUUCCACACUAUGCAAGGAAUUGACCAUACAAAGCAAUGUAUUUUUUGAAAAGAACAAAAAUCUAACACAACACUAAAAACGUAUGAGAAAACUAGAGGAGAGUGUAAAACACACACUUACGGAGGAAGACAACGAAAUACCUUUUUGUAAAGUAUGUGAUUACAAAGUAAAUAUCUAAACCUAAUAAUAUUUAAUAAUUUUUAUUUUAAAUAAUUAACCAGUUUGGUACAGACUUCAAAAAAUCAAUUUUUAAGGAAAAUUUCUUAUUUUCUUUUGAUAAUAUUCGAGUAUAAACUUCAUAUUUAAAUAUGAAAUUUCUAAUCAAAAAUUAAUGUAAGACAGAAGUUCGAAUUAAGUGCCAUAUAUUGAAUUUCAAAGUGCCAUAUUUCGAAUAGUAUUAAAUUGAAAAUGUUUUUUUUUUUUUUCAGUUUGCUAGAAGUCUGUACAAAGUUUUAAACAAGUAAUUUAGUAGUUUUAAUAUUUUGAACAAACUUUAUGAUCAUAAUUUCUUUUUAUAUAAAUAACCAAUUCGAUAAUUAUUUUAUUUUCCAUUAUUCUUAAAAGAAAUUGAUUAAAUAUUUUUAUUAAUUGAAAAGAUUUGAGAAAUAUACAUAUAUUGUAGUUUAGUUGUAGUUACAGUAAAUUUAUAACCAAAGAUUGUUGUUAACAACUUCGAUUUUAAAAAAAUUAUAUAUUUUCACUUUUAAAUAAAAACACAUUUU